AUGAAGGACAGCGAGGAGUCGACUAGGGAGAAUGAAGAAGAAUCGGAGGAAGAAAGUGAGUUCGUUGAAGGUGACGAGGGUGAUUUGGUGAACUGCGUCAUACAACGGCUCCUUCUGACGCCGAAACAUGAGGAUCAUACCCAGAGGCAUGUUAUUUUCAAGGCUCGUUGCACCAUUAAUCAUAAUGUUUGCAACUUGAUUAUCGAUAGUGGGAGUUGUGAAAACAUCGUAUCAAAGGCGCUGAUUUCUACCUUGAAGCUGCACACGGAACAAUAUCCCAAGCCUUACAAGAUCAGUUGGAUCAAGAAGGGCGUUGAAACUAAGGUACCUGCCACUCGCCAAGUCCCAUUUUCAAUUGGUAAAUUUUACAAUGAUGUAGUGGACUGCGACGUGGUGGAAAUGGACGCCUGUCAUGUGUUGCUAGGGAGACCAUGGCAGUUUCAUGUGGACGCCACAUGCAAGGGGCGCGACAAUACCUAUUCAUUUUGGUGGCAUGAAAAGAAGGUGGUGUUGUUGUCUACGGGAGAGAGGUCCCGUGAAGUAGCCGUGCCUGAGAAGAAGAAUUAUUUUCUUACAGUAGCCGAGGAUCAAUUCCUAAUAGAUGCGAAGGAGAGUGGUGAAAUUGUGACACUUGUUGUAAAGGGUAGAACUGAAGAAGCUGUCUCAAAAUUACCUCCCCAUGUUCAGCGGCUGUUUGAAGAGUUUUCAGACAUUGUGCCUCCUGAUUUGCCGGCUGGUCUACCUCCUAUGCAAGAUAUACAACACUAUGGAAUUCGUGUAGAUGAAGCAAAGGUUCAGGCCAUUCGAGCGUGGCCAUGCCUGACAUCCCUCACGCAAGUUCGAAGUUUCCAUGGACUAGCCACUUUUUACCAGAGGUUCAUUCGGAAUUUUAGCACUUUAGCAGCACCAAUUACCGAAUGCGUGAAGAAGGGUCGAUUUCAAUGGGGUGAUGACCAAGAUAUGAGCUUUGCUAUAAUCAAAGAAAAGUUGUCCACAACCUCAAUACUUGCAUUGCCCAGCUUUGAGAAAUUAUUUGAAGUAGAGUGUGAUGCCUCCAUUGUUAGCAUUGGGGCCAUUCUCUCACAAGAAGGUCGACCUGUCAAAUUCUUUAGUGAGAAAUUGAAUGAAGCAAGGCGCAAGUGGACUGUCUAUGAGUUGGAGUUCUAUGCGAUAGUCAGGGCCUUAAAGCGUUGGGAGCAUUACCUGGUGGAUUACCUACAUUCAAAAUUCACCAUAGUCCUUAAGUACAAGACAGGUCAGCACAACAAGGUGGCAGAUGCUCUCAGCCGUCGAGGAGAACUUCUUAUCACUUUACAUACUAAAAUCACUGGUUUUGAACAGCUCAAAGAACUCUAUGUGGAAGAUAAUGACUUUGCUGAAACUUUGAGGAAGUGCAAGCUCAAGCAACCCAUGGCAGAUUUCCAUGUUCACAAUGACUAUUUGUUUCGCAGCAACCAGCAAUGUAUACCGAGGAUUUCUCUACGUGAACAUCUGAUUCGUGAAUUGCAUGGUGGAGGCCUGUGGGGUCAUGUGGGGCGAGAUAAGACAAUUGCUCUAGUAGCCGAGUGUUACUAUUGGCCACAACUGUAG